AUGGUGAUAUCAGACAGCGGCAACCAACGGUGGCGGAAGGGUUCAAAAGAAGAUUCCACUAAGUAUACUUCGGAGGAGGAAGGGGAAAAGGCGGCGGCGACGAUAGUGGGUCUGUCUUUCUUCUUCGACGGCGACGGUGGGCGGAGAGAACAUGCAAUCGCCUAUCCGACAAAGAGAGAGAACGGAACGGACUUGGGUUUGUGA